AACUCCUGUUAUCACUCCCUCGAGCCAGUGGUGAUCAGCUGCUUAUGUCACUUCUCUGUCCGAAUACCUCAUCCGUUGUCUUGCAAUAGUGAGAGAACCGAAUUAAGAAGGAACAAGGGAGUAAAAUUUGGGGAGUGCUGACACUCGUGUUUGUCAUUUCGGAGUUGAAGCCUUGGAAAGCGAUGGAGAAAAGACGUCGGGUCAGCAAGUUGUGUAUUCUGUGUGUGCUCUUAACCCUUGCCUCGGUUGCGACAAUUGUCACGCUUUGGACUAUUGCCCUGACACGAGGUGAUGAAGGUGAUGAUGUUGCUGCUCCUUGGGACAGGUACCGACUCCCCACUUCACUGAUCCCUCUCUCUUACAACAUUACCCUGUGGCCUCAUCUAAGCCCUGACCCCGACUCUGGUCUCUACCUCUUCACGGGUACUUCUAUUAUGGCGUUUGAGUGUGCAACAGAAACCGAUCUGAUCCUGAUCCACUCUUACAGGCUCAACUACACUUUGCUGCAGAACAAACACAUUGCUCUGCUUCUUGCUUCAGGCGAUGGUUUUGUUCCAAGUAUUACGGCCACCUGGUUGCAGCCAAAGCAACAGUAUCUGGUGGUGCAGCUAAAUGGCGUUUUAACUCAAGGAGAGACAUACCUUCUGUACACCGAGUUCACUGGAGAGCUGGCUGAUGACUUAGCUGGCCUUUACAGAAGUGAAUAUGAGGAGGAUGGAGUCAGAAGGAUUGUCGCUAGCUCUCAAAUGCAUCCAACUCACGCAAGAAAAACCUUUCCUUGUUUUGAUGAACCAGCGAUGAAAGCCGUUUUCAAUAUGACUCUCAUCCACUCUCCUGGAACUACAGCCCUGUCCAAUGGCGAUAAAACAGAUGCAGUCAACACAACUAUUGAUGGCAUCGCUGUGACAAGGACCACAUUUGAGCCAACUAAGAAAAUGUCAACAUAUCUGUUGGCCAUUGUGAUUUCAGACUACACACACCUCACUGAUACACAAGGCGACAUCUUGUUACGCAUCUGGGCUCGGAAGAAGGCCCUGGAGCAAGGACAAGGAAGCUAUGCGCGUAGUGUGACGAGACCCGUAUUGGAAUUUCUUCAAUUCUAUUCCAACAUCUCCUAUCCUCUCAGGAAGUUGGAUCAAAUCGCUCUGCCAGACUUCUAUUAUGGGGCGAUGGAGAAUUGGGGUUUGGUGACAUACAGAGAAAACAAACUGCUCUACAGCCCCUUGACCUCCUCCAGUCGAAAUAAACAGAGCACAGCCACCAUCAUCGCUCAUGAACUAGCGCACAUGUGGUUUGGUAACCUGGUGACCCUGCGGUGGUGGAAUGAGGUGUGGCUCAAUGAGGGCUUUGCUUCUUAUGUGUCUUAUCUGGCAGCUGACUAUUUUCAGCCAACUUGGGGCAUGAAAGAUCAGUUUGUGCUCCAAAAAACCCACAGAGCAUUUGCAGUCGAUGCCUUGACCUCCUCUCAUCCUUUGUCUUCGAAUGAAGACAGUAUUUUACUGCCUGAGCAGAUCAGUCAGCAGUUUGAUACCAUCUCAUACAGCAAGGGUGCAGCAGUUUUGAGAAUGUUGUCUGGUUUCCUGUCAGAGCCUGUCUUUGUCCAAGGACUCAAUAAAUAUUUGAACCACUUUGCCUACAGUAACACAAUAGGAAAUGACCUCUGGGACAAUUUACAAACGGCUGUGGAAGCCAACAAUCUGUAUCUUCCUCAUCGAGUUCAUGACAUCAUGAAUCGUUGGGUGCUCCAGAUGGGCUUCCCUGUCGUUAUUAUAGAUACUGCCACGGGAAAAGUGACUCAGAAGCAUUUUUUGCUGGAUGCUGAGUCCAAAGUCUCAGUGGAAUCACCAUAUAACUACGAGUGGCUGAUUCCAAUUCAAUGGAUGAAGUCUGGCGAAGUCCAAAGACCUGUCUGGUGGCUGAUGAAAAAAACAGAUGUAAACUUGGAGAUGAGGAGUGGCGGCUUGUGGAUUCUUGCUAAUAUCAACGUCACAGGUUAUUAUCGGGUAAAUUAUGAUCCAGGAAACUGGGAAAGACUUCUGGCUCAGCUUAUCAGAGAUCAUCAGGUUAUACCGCUAACAAACAGAGCCCAGCUUGUGGAUGAUGCCUUCAAUCUGGCCAGAGCUCAGCUCGUCUCUGCCUCGCUUGCUCUGAGAACCACAUCUUAUUUAUAUGCUGAGACUGAGUACAUUCCUUGGCAGACCGCUUUGAAUAACUUUCAGUAUUAUUCCCUUAUGUUGGACCAAACUGAGGUCUAUCAUCCUAUGCAGGAGUACAUGAAGAAGUUAGUCACCCCUCUUUACCUGUAUUUUAAAAACAUGACAUCAGACUGGAUCCAGAUUCCACAGAGACACACAGACCAGUACAAUCAGGUGAAUGCCAUCCAAAUGGCCUGCAGGACUGGAAUAACACAUUGCCAAAAGUUGACCAGCACCUGGUUCAAGCAAUGGAUGGACAACCCUCACCAUAACUUAAUCCAUCCACACCUGCGGGAUGCAGUAUACUGCAGCGCCAUAGCGUCUGGUAACAAGGAAGAGUGGGAGUUUGGCUGGGCCCAGUUCAAGAACACGUCUGUCGCCAGCGAGGCAAAUCAGCUCAUGUCUGCCCUUGCCUGUACCGGCAACACACAAUUGCUGAAGAGGUAUCUCUCGUACACCUUAGAGCCAUCUAUGAUACGCAGGCAGGACGCCGCUUUCGUAAUUGGGGCUGUGGCCAGCAACAGUUUGGGUCAGGAAUUAGCAUGGAACUUUGUUAGGCUACAAUGGGACUACAUGUUCACUCAAUAUGGUAUGGGCUCCUUCAAUUUUGCCUCGAUAAUUGAUGAAGUCACAGCAAGGUUUUCCACACCUGCCCACUUACAACAGCUGGAGGAUUUUGUGAGCGAGCACCAUGCUACUGGCUUUGGUUCAGCAACUCUGGCAGUGGAACAGGCCCUGGAGAGGACAAGAGCCAAUAUCAAAUGGCUACAGCAGAACAAACAGGAGAUCUUAGACUGGUUCACCAGCCAGACAGACCAGUGAAGUAUCAGAAAGUAAAUGUUCGUCACUUGCUUGUUAAAAAAAUACUUCUGGGGCUGAGGAGGGAAAUUAAAGUCUGGGAUGGAAUAUUACAAGGUAACAUAUAGUCAAUAUAAAAAGUGUACGCCUUUGUUUAAAUGACCAAAAUAAAUAAUUGAACAAUAUUUUUUCCAC